GAGAGAGCGAGCCGGGCAGCAGCGGGCGGCCGGCCUGCCAGGGUGUAACAGGAGCAACUACAGCAGCAGCAGAUACAGAAUGGGCGGUGUGGGAGGAGAGGUGGCCCGGCAGAAGAGGGCUGGAGUGCGGGCCGCUCUCCCUCCGGCGUGUUGAGGGAUUAUUGGAGCUCUCUCUCUCAGCCUCUCUUGUUGUAGCCGCGCCAUCUGUUCCUCGGCGAGAAUGGGACCAGCGCACACUCGCACUGACUGACUGGCUGGCUGGCGACACCAUGGCACGCCGUGCUCACACCCACAGCACCACAGCUCACUAGAAAACACUGGUGGAGACGUGGGGGAGGGAGGGAGAGAGAGAGAGAGCGCACACACACCCCACCCACCAGGAGAAGUUCCAACAAAACUAUCUCAUGUGGGGAAACGAAGGGAUUUAAAAUGUCCGAGGGAUGUCCAUCUUCGACCGUUUCGGUGGGAGAAAUCCGUUCCUGGUGGGAAAUCCCAGCCAUCGCGCACUUUUGCUCACUAUUCAGGACCGCUUUUGGGCUCCCGGACUUCGAAAUUGAGGAGCUUGAAGAGGCUCUCCUGAUGAAUGAUAUUGACUUUCUUGACGAUUUGAUAACUUGUUUACUUCAAGGCUGCUAUCAACGGAGAGAUAUCACUCCUGACACCUGUGACAUGUACCUGGAGGACAUUAUUAAACAUCGAUGGGAACUUGAAGAAGGCCGAGCAAACCCACUGAAAAAGACCAAGUUCACUGAGCUGCCGGCACGUUUACGCGUGGAGCUGCUACACAGGCUCUGUGACUAUAGGCUGGAUGCAGACGAUGUGUUUGAUCUUUUAAAGGGUCUAGAUGCUGAUAACCUGCGCGUUGAACCCUUGGGAGAAGACGCCAUUGGAUCGACCUACUGGUACUUCUAUGGCACUCGCUUAUACAAGGAGGGACCGCCCUUGUCACAGGACAGGAAUCGGCCAGAAGAAAUGGAAAAUGGCAAACUAAACAGUUCUGAUUAUAGACUUGUACAUCUGAAGCCCAAAAAGAGAGGCCGGCCAUCAAAGCGGAAAAAAUUAGAAGAUAUUUAUUUAGCGACCAUGAGCGAAUCCAUGCUUGUAACUAGGGAGAUGCCGCCUGUAGAAGACUCGCGACAAGAAACCAAAAGUCCCGAUCCGACGAGACCUCCUGGUAGCUCUGGCAACUGGGAGCUGGUGUGUCAGACUGAGGAGGAGUGGAGGAGACUAACGGCUGACCUCCAGAGUAACUCUUCUGUGAAGGAACGGCAGCUGCAAGCAACACUCACGGAAGAUUUCCUCCCUGAAAUCUGCAACAUGAUUGCUCACAAGGAGAAACAGCUGCAGAAGAAGCUGUCUGAAAUAGCUCCCAGGAGAAUAUCUGACCGCCUGACCCUCAAACGCAUGCAGCAGGAAGAGGAGGAGAAAAUAUCUGCGAUUGCGAAGGUGGAGGAGCAGAAGCGGAGAGAGGAGGAAGCGGAACGUCAACUCCUGUUGGCCGUGCAGAGGAAGGAACAGGAGCAACUGGUGGAGGAGGAGAGGAGGAGGGAGUUUGAAGAGCGAGUCAAAGCUGUGGAAGGUCGUGCCAAAAGGAGGAAGAUGAGGGAGGAGAGAGCCUGGUUACUUUCUCAGGGAAAAGAGCUGCCUCCUGAACUUAUGAACCUGGAGCCAUUCGUGCCGAUUAAGAAAGAUAAGAAGGCAAAAGAUUUGUUCGAAUUGGACGAAGAUUACGUGGCCAUGUACAAAGUCCUAGAUACUGUUAAAGCACACAAGGAUUCAUGGCCGUUCCUCGAACCUGUCGAUGAAUCGUAUGCCCCGAACUACUACGACAUCAUUGAAACACCAAUGGACCUAUCGACCAUUGAAAGAAAACUCAAUGAGAAACAGUAUAACGUGAAAGAAGAAUUUGUGGCUGAUAUGAAGGUCAUGUUUGAAGAUUGUCUGGAGUAUAAUGGUGAAGGAAAUGAAUACACAAAGAUGGCCGAGGCUCUGGACAGGUGCUUCAACAAGUCGAUGUUGAAACACUUUCCCGCAGAAGAUGCGGACAGCGACGAGGAGUUUAACCUGCGCUGGGACGACAAGGACAAGAAGGAGCGCAGGCGGAGCAAGCCCAGCCGCUUCGGAAAAGAAGCGGCUGAAACGUCGAGUAGAUUUAGCGAGGAGGCCGUGAAGAAGCAGUCGCAGCAGACUAAUGGUGAGGUGCACGGCCCCGCGGCUGAUGCAGGCCGCGACCACAUGCUACACGGGCCUCCCUUACGCACAAUGGAGCUGGUAAAUGGGCAGAGUUUCCCAGUGGCCGCAUCCUCCUACAAGGGAAUGUCCUGCGCUGAAUCACCAAGCCAAUUGUAUCAGCUUCAAGGCCAGCAAAGAUCGCCGGUGCCGUGCAUGUUUGGCUCGCGGACGGCAGCAGAGCCUGCGUACCGGUACUGCUCGCCACGGGACCCACGGAUGACUGACCAAGUUCGGCAGCAGUUGCACCACCAGUUCAUAAUGCAGCACCAGGUGAACCUGAAUGACCAGCAAGGACCGCAGAUGCUGGGCCCCAAAAACAAGCCCAGCUACGUCGGGCCAGUUCAUGGGCCUUCUCUUGGCCCUCGGCCCCCGUCAGUGCCUCCAGGAACAGUGGCUGCUCUCCCACCUCAGGAAGGCAGCAUGUACCCGAGUCAACCCUUCCAGCCGGGAUACACAACACAACGGCUGGAGAGUCCCGCCCACCAGCCACCACCGCCUGACUUUGCCCACAGACAUGUGUACAACCCGUACGGCCAUCUGAAUGGACCUUGCCGCGGACCGCGUCCCGUGUGGAAUAACAACAGCGGCGGUGGCUCCGUGGAAAGAACUUUAGCGCCGACUGGCAAAAAUCAGCUGGUCGGCCCGAGCCAACCCUCUCUGUCUCAGCAUCACCCCUUUUCCCAGAUGGUGGAGCAGAACCUGAUGAGGGCCUCUGUGCCCCUGAACCACUGGCCCAACCAGCCAGGCCAUCUACCUCACAACGGGCCCCCAGUGUACCCCCGACUCCCCAACGCUUCCCAGGCCACCGGCUCGCCCAGAAUGCCCCCUCCUUUCCUCCGCUCCCCUCCCCCCCACCAAGGGCUGCACGUGGACUCCAUGCUCUCCAGCCCAGAGAUGAUAGCCAUGCAGCAGCUCUCCGCUCCUGUCUGCCCACCCGCCGAGCACACCGCGCCCUACCUCCCCGGCCCCUGCGCAACAGCCGUGCAGCCUGCAGCAGUGCAGCAGCAUGCAUCCAACGUGCCCGCUCACAAACCACCGCUCGACACCAGUGCCCGACCAUCAACGGAAACAGAGAUGCCCAAAACCGUCUCCGAAACUCAAGCAGAAAAGGUGCCAAUGAAAAAAAGCGGGUCCCCCCCGGCGAAGCAGCAGUCCGAGACCGCGCCGUCGCCCCCAGAGACGGGACCGAGCUGCGCACGGCUCCCCGACAGCUCCACUGCCGACGGGACCGAGCUGGGCAGGAGCGGCAGCCCCACAAACGGCCUGGUGUCCAUCAAAACGGAAGAGGAAGAAACGUCGACCGCUGGGUUGGGGGACGCGAGCCGUUCCGUCGCCAAGGCCGGGAGGGAGCAGAGAAAAUCCAAUGCGGAUUCUAAGAAGGGGGCGGCGAAGAGCAGGGUGAAGAACAACAAGAAGCUCGGCGCCAGAGCGGGCAGAGGGAGGAAGAACAAAUGUGUGAGAGACGAUGAGGAACGGGCCCAGGGUGACGAGCCGGCACCGGUGGCUCAGGGCAUGCCCGGCCCCCGGCACUACCCCGACCCGUCCGAUCACGGCACCGUCUCCGGGCUGCUGAAGAUGGCGGAGGAAUCGGGAGCGGGCAAGAAUAGCGGCGCCAACCCUGGCGUGAUGGGCAUGUUGAUGCACCCACAGUACGGGCACAGCCCCGACUACACAGUGACUGGACAAUACAGCAUGGCACACGGCUGCAGGCCCUUCGGCAGGGGCAUGGCUCCACCACAGACAUUCCCAAACCGGCAAACCUUCCCCAAUCCCAACUUCCCGCAGCAGUUGCCGCCUGGGAUUUACCCGGCGUACCAGCAUCAGGUUCAGUGUUAUCCCUACCACGGCUCGCAGCAGCAGAUGCCAGGUCCCUACCACCAGUACCAGCACGCCCACUACUACCCCUAUGGCCAAGGGCAGGGCUACCCAGCAGAGGACUGGCCCCAGACUCUCUCCCCCACUGCCCACCAGCUCCAGCCGCCCACCCACAUGGCCGUACACAACGGCAAACUGUCCCUGCAGGCCGCUGACGCCUCGACCGACACACACGCGCUGCAGGAAGCGGUGAAUGGAAGCUCUAAAGACAGCAAGAACACGAUGGCGGGGGCCAGCGGUGUGUCUCACUCGGUCAAGGACGAAAAGGCGGACAAGGAGCAGGAGCGAGCGGAGAGCCCGAAGGAGAUCUUGGACCUGGACAGUCACAACGCUGCGGCCAAGAGACAGAGCGCGCAGCCCGUGUCCGCGUCUGGCCUGAUCUACAGGCGGCACGGACUACACCCGGGUCUACAGGGCCCGCACGCACUCCUCCCCCACUCACCCGUCUACCCCGCACAGUCGCCGGCUCUCUUCAACGCCAACCCCCACCCGUCUCCCCGACCCCCCCACUCCAUGCUGGGUCCCACCCGCCACCAGCUGAACGGGCAGCAGCAGGGACGCAUGCACGGCCAGCCCUACAGCCGGCCCGACCACAGGCUGGGGCAGUACCACAGCAUGAUGAUGCAGCACCACGCCCUGAAGCCACACGAUGAUGCCUACAGCAUGCGAGAAAUGCCUGGACAGGAGCAGGCGUAUCAGAAAUCAGGAUCGGGAACAGAAAUGGGAAAGGCAGUUGAACAGAAAUGACCUUCAUUUGCUGAUCAGAAAGGAGCAAGAUGGAUGGACAGACACAAAUGGAGCCAAGAUCUAAGAGGACACUGUUGUGACAGCAUUUCAGUGUUCUAGUUCGAUGGGUAGAUGCAAUUUUUCAUUUUUAAUAGGUAUUAUGAGAAACUCAGGUGUAAAAAAAUUGUACUUUAAAUUGUAGCAUUUCUAUCUGUGUAGCUAUUUGGUUAAAACUGGUUUACAAGAAUAAAUAUCGAUGCCUUUUA